ACGCUAGCGACUUUACAGGGAAGCGGAUCCGAAGAGGGAGCCCCUGCCGUCCCUUUUCGGUUGCUUGCUUCAGUUCCAGGACCACCGUGCGCGUGUUAGUUACCACUGGCCUUGCCCGCGCAGCAUCCUCGAAGCUCAGGGGGCUCUGCUGUGUGCUGUCCCGGAUCGGCGAGUCUCCAUUGACCUCCUCCUCUUGCGUCCGUGGUCUGUACGCGCCGCCGCCGCCGUAGCCAGGCUUGUGAGCGCGCCUCGCCGUGCCUGCGCCGCCGCGUCGAUUCUUACCUGAUCUUAACAGAUAAUGUCGGGUGCAAGGACUCAUCACAAGCACUGCCAUCAAGCUCAUGCUCCAUCUGGAAGUUCCAAGGAAAAAUUCCAGGACAAGCGGCAACCAAAAUUUAUACCAGACAAUUAUAGCUCGGUGGAUGAGGUCACUACUGCACUGAGAGAAGCUGGUCUUGAAUCGUCGAAUCUAAUUCUUGGUAUUGACUUCACCAAAAGCAAUGAAUGGUCAGGUAGGCAUUCCUUCAAAAGAAAAUCUCUGCAUGCCAUUAAUGGCACCCCAAAUCCAUACGAACAAGCUAUUUCUAUAAUUGGCCGAACACUGUCACCUUUUGAUGAUGAUAACUUGAUACCAUGUUUUGGAUUUGGUGAUGCUUCUACGCAUGAUCACUCUGUCUUCAGCUUAUACCCAGAUAACCGUCCCUGUCAUGGCUUUGAAGAGGUCCUUGUAAGGUAUCGACAAAUUGUUCCACAUUUGAAACUUUCAGGACCAACUUCUUUUGCACCUCUUAUUUAUGCAGCGAUUUCUGUUGUUGAAAAUAGUAACUGGCAAUACCAUGUUCUCGUAAUCAUAGCUGAUGGACAGGUGACUGUCGCUAACACAAAUGAUGGAAGAUUAAGUCCACAAGAACAGGCAACUAUACAAGCAAUUGUUGAUGCUAGCUACUAUCCUCUUUCAAUUGUGAUGGUUGGGGUGGGCGAUGGACCAUGGGAUGCGAUGCAGCAUUUUGAUGACUGUAUCCCUGAAAGAGUUUUUGAUAAUUUUCAGUUUGUAAACUUCACUGAUAUUAUGUCGACAAGUAAGGAUAUGUCAAAGAAGGAGGCUGCAUUUGCCCUUGCAGCUCUUAUGGAAAUACCCUCUCAGUAUAAAGCAACUCAAGGCCACCAACCUAUAGAAAAGCAAGCACAAAGGACUGCCCCUCCAAGAAUUCUCCCUCCUCCAAACAAAGUUCUUGAACAUGAUAAUGCUGCAGCUUCACAUCCUCCUCCAACUGCAAGCUCCCGGUCGACUGGCAUUGGCAAAAGUGCUGCCGACGAGCAGGUAUGCCCCAUCUGUUUAACCAAUCCAAAGGACAUGGCUUUUCAGUGUGGUCACCUGACAUGCAAGGAAUGUGGCCCAACACUAUCAACAUGCCCCUUGUGCCGUGCACCAAUUACUAUGCGUGUGAGGCUCUAUUCUUGAGACGCUGUGGUAUCUGGAGUGGAGGGAUCAACCAUUUCAUCCAUGGAGUAUCUAACAGUACGGAGCAAGAACUUGGAAGCUCAAGGACCUUGCACUGCAAUGGCCUAGUGUGAAUGCCAUGAAAACGAUGUAAAAGGAUUUAUCGUGCCUGUCCAGUAAUAUUGAUUGACUAAUUAUAGCAUGCAAAGUUUAUUGUUAUCUUGUAGUAGUAGCUGGGAAUUGUGGUUUCUGGUUGAAUGGGAUACUAGCAGUUGUGUCACAAGAUACUCGUUCUCCUCUUCAUAUCAGAGAACAGAUACUUUGAUUUA